ACAACAAAAAUGGCGGCGGUUCGCUAGUAGCUGAACUCAGAUGGAAGGUGAAUCUUGUGUUGGUCCUAAAGAAGAUCUUUCAAGCUGCUGGAGGCUGAUGCUGCAGUGACGUCAUGGUGCUGAAGAUCUUCUUCCCUCAGUGCUGUAACCGGGCCGACAGCGGGCUGCUGGUGGGCCGCUGGAUCGCCGGUCAUGACUCGGCCGUGGUGCUGGCGGUGAUCCACUACCCCUUCAUCCCCGGACAAGUCAAACAGUACAUCCAGCAGAUGCAGGCUCAGAGCGGGGUGGAGCUGUCGGUGCUGGGCUCCUGGAGUUUACCUAAAGAGGGCCAGGAGGGCAUGGAGAGCUUCCUCAGGGACCUCAGCACCAUCUUCCCCCAGGAGCGCUGGCUCCAGAUCAGCCGCCAGAUGGGGAAGAUGGGCUUCACCUGCGAGAUCCUCAACCGGGGUCAGAAUGGAAAAGCAGCUCAGCGGAGAGUUAAAAAGGAGAAAAAGGAGGAAGAGGUGGACAGUGGUGAAGCAGAAAAGGAUGAAGAAGAAGAAGAUGAGGAGAAGGUAAUCUUCGUCCACUACGAGCAGAGAAAGGUGAUGCUGUCGCAGCUUCAUCCCAUCGAGAGUGGAGACCCCGACCUCAAAACUGAUCCACCGUCCGAGCUGAGACAGGUGUUCCAGACGGUGGCCCUCAGCCAGCCUCUGUUCUUCUUGGACAAGUACGAUGACGGACCUCUGAAGUCGACUCACUGGCAGUCUGAAGGCCGAGAGGCCAGCAUCAUCGUGGAGCUGCUCAAACAGGCAUCGGUGCCGCUCUGCCUGCUGCUCAGCUGGAUGCUCUCCAUGUGGACGUGGCUCUGCAGCAUCCGGAUCUUCAGUCUUUAUCCGCUGAGAUUCUUGUCCACCAAACUGUCCACAUGUGUCCAGCUGAGCUACAGAACCGAACACAUGAGGACGCUCAGUUCACCGAAAGCAGCCGCCGGUCACACACAGUUCAUGAGAAAAGCCAACAUGUUGGUGUCGGUGCUGGUGGACGUGGCUCUCGGCGUUCUGCUCAUGUGGUGGCUCUACAGAGACGAGCACAUCGCCAUGUUGGCCAACACUCUGGUUCCUGCAGCUGAUCAUGUGGCUAAAGAGCUGGAGCAGCUGCUGCAGUGGCUGAUGGGAGCUCCAGCGGGGCUGAAGAUGAACCGGGCUCUGGACCAGGUUCUGGGUCGCUUCUUCCUUUAUCACAUCCACCUCUGGAUCAGUUACAUCCACCUGAUGUCUCCAUUCAUCGAGGGCAUCCUGUGGUACGGAGGGCUGUCGGCCUGCCUCGGCCUCACCUUCGCCCUCUCUCUGCUCUCUGACAUGGUCGCUCUGUUCACCUUCCACAUCUACUGCUUCUACGUCUAUGGAGCCAGGCUGUACUGUCUGAAGAUCUACGGCCUCUCGUCUCUCUGGAGGCUCUUCAGAGGGAAGAAGUGGAACGUUCUCCGGCAGAGAGUGGACUCCUGCUCCUACGACCUGGACCAGCUCUUCAUUGGAACUCUGCUGUUCACCGUCCUGCUGUUCCUGCUGCCCACCACAGCGCUCUACUACCUGGUCUUUACUCUGCUUCGGUUGGUGGUGGUGUUGUUCCAGGGCGUCCUUCAUCUGAGCGUGGAUUUCAUCAACUCCUUCCCGCUAUUCGCCAUCGGCCUUCGCGUCUUUCGGCCCUACAGACUGGCAGAAGGAGUAAAGUUCAGGGUGCUGUGUGACGAGCCGGGCGUCGCUCUUCACCUGCUGAUGGAGCGAGCCUUUGACGGACGCGUCGUUCAGCCAAUGGAAGAGGCUGCCUGA